AUGCUCUCCAGUCCCAGUCUGGCGGGCCUCUGUCCUGCGCCUGGUGGCAUGGUCAACAAUCUUUCCGCCCUCAGUGCAGCCAUGUCAGCGGCAGCCAGCGCUUUCAACAUUCUCCCACCUCCACCGGCAGUCCAAUCGGCCGGCCUGCCGUCCGCGCCAACCUCAAUGACCGCCUCACAGCCCGGCUCACUUCUGCCUCUCCUCCCUGGGCCGCAUUCGCUCCAGAAACCGGCUCAUCUCCAGUCGCUCGGCUGGAUGAGUCUGCCCAACAAGCCGGGCCAGGCAACCGUAAAACUCGCUCCAGCCAAUGCCAACAACGGCCUCACCUCGACCUCCGGAUUCACCGCUCUUCCCACCUGCGGGCUCCUCGACUCGCCGCUGAUUGGCUCGCCCCGUCCCGUCGCCUGGCGCUCCCGUUCCGGCCACUCCCGUAGCUAUGGCGUCGUAACCCACCCACCCUCGACUCGCCGGGCGCCGGCCAAACAUGCAUCACCCUCACCUCCUCUCGCUCAUCUUCAUCCUCCUUCCCCCCCUCCGCCUCUCCCUCAUCCUACCCCCGCUCCUCUUCCUCCUCCUGCUCCUCCUCCUCUUCAUCAUCCUCAGCAGCAGCGACCAAACCUCUCCAGCCCUCGGGCCGGGACGAAACGACCCCUCUCAACACGGUCGCAGUCCGGCCAGACCGGCCCGACGUCGAGUGAAGAAGCCACUAUAGGCGGCGGCCUCGACAGCUUUUGGGAAAGUCGCGAGAUGGCCGCUUUGAAGGCCCGAGUCCGUCUGCUAGCCUCACAACCGAUCGGACCGACUGGUCCGUUGGGCCGACCACGCUCUGGCGAGCCGAUGAACCUGUCGACCGGGGCCAGACCGGCCAAAACGCCGGCCGGCGAGGACUCAAACCUGUCGCCUCCAGGGCGAGACGUGUCCGGCGACUCAGCGCCUCGGUUUGGUCUCUUUCCGGGCCUCGCUUCGACGACCACGUCGCCGGGUGACUCGGCCUCCCCCGUUGCCUCCCCGUCGCCGGGUAAGACGCCAACUUUCCCGGCCCCUGCGUCUCCGGGUGGACAUCAUUUUUUGCCAGACGCCUUGUCCGCUCUUCUGCCCACCGUCGCACCCGUCGGGCCCCUCCUCCUUUUUUCGCCUUCGGCCCCCUCCAACCCGUCCAUCGGUCACCAGACCAUCGGGAAAUCACGCGUCGCCGAGGAGAAGGCAGCAUCGCUGCUUCACCCGGCCAACAAUAGCUCAGCAACCGACGCCGGCCUCUUCGCUUCUGUCCUUUACGCUAGUCAGACUCCUCUGCCGGGCCAGACACACACACCACCCAUGAGACAACAGCACAAAUCCGAAAUUUGGAUGCGCUCAUCUGCCUCGAGCGCUUUCAAACUGGUCCCGCCACCUACCUCAUCCUCCUCCUCUUCUUCCUCUUCCUCCUCCUCUUCCACCUCGUCGUCCUCCACCUCUUCAUUAUCUUCGGCUUUAUCAUCAUCAUCAUCAUCAUCGUCUUCUUCGUCCUCCGCCUCGUCUGGUUCCUCUACGUCUCUGUCACCUUCGCCCACUUCCUCGAUCAACUCAACUUCGCCCACCUUUCUGCUUCCCGGACACAUCGUCUGCCCAGCCUCGUUGUCUCCGACACGCUCGGGUGCCGGAGGACGCGUCGCAGCCCCAACCACUAGACGUGGCGGCGUCACCUCUUCCGUCGGUAUGGUCCGCUCUUCCGAGACCGGUGGCAUGAUUAGACCUCCGGUCUCCGCCGCCUCCGGCAAUUCAAGUGCUUCGGGUCUGUCAACUCCCUUGGGAGCCGGACGCAAGUGUCAAAAGUGCACUUGUCCCAACUGCGAAGUGGGCCGGAAUUCGCGAUGUGGCCCGGCCUCGGGAUCUCGAGCAUCUGCCGGGCCCGGAGUUGGACCCGGCCGGAAGGUGCACAUUUGCGCAAUCUGCGGCAAGACUUAUGGCAAGACGAGUCAUCUUAAAGCGCAUGUGCGUUGGCACAACGACGAACGUCCCUUUCGAUGCGUCUACGACUUUUGCGACAAAGCCUUCACUCGAUCGGACGAACUACAGCGCCACAUGCGAACACACACCGGCGAGAAACGUUUUGCUUGCAACCUCUGCGAAAAACGUUUCAUGCGUAGCGACCACCUCAGCAAACACAAGAAGACGCACGAAUUGGCCACUGGCCUCGUCGACCCCGUCAACCCCGCAUCGAUAGCCACCUACACAGACGCCAGGACGACUCCGUUCACCGGCUCCAGCCUCCGUCGUGCCCGGCAGCCCAACGCCUCGGCCUCCCGACGUCGUCAGGCGGCGCCUAGACUCUCAGUGAACACGGCCCGAUGUCUCACUCUUGGCCUUGGCCUCUUUGCCCGAUACGCCGGGCAUGCAGCAUCGUCACCGGUCCAUACAGACGCCACCAGUACUCUUGAGCUCCUAGAAACGAGCCUCCUUCGGCCGCCAGACGUGAAAUCAAUCCCCGACGAGGCUGAGCCGGUAAAUGUGGUGGCGACUACGUUGCCGCCAACACCAACGCCAACGCCAACGCCGAAGCCGAUGCCGAUGCCGACGUCAACACCAACUGUUGCAGUAGAUGAGAAGGAGAAGCAGCAGGAGGAGGAGGAAGAAGUGGAUGUGGUGGGGUUUGGUGAAGAACCCGGCCUGUCAGAGCCGAAAACCUCGGAGACUGGAGAAAAGAAUCAGAGGCAUAAAUGCAGUGUAAUCAAAGAAGAUGACGAGGAGGAGAACCUUGAUGAGGCUGAUAUAAGCAUGGGUGAGUUGAGUGAAGCCUAUGUGAAAGGCGAUGGGAUUGAUGAAGAUUAUGAGGAUGACGAGGAUGAGGAUGUUGAUGAUGAAGAGGAGGAAGAAGAGGAGGACGAAGAGGAGGAAGAGGAGCAGGAGGAGGGAGAGGAGGAGGAGGACGAUAGAGAGCGACUGGAAGAGGACGUUCGGGAGGAGGGAGACGCGAGUGGUCUAAAUGAUGAUGAGGCGCCAGAGUCGGCUCUGCUUGACCACAGACGAGGUGACUCUGUACACGGUGACCUGAUAGACGGGGAGGUAGAGGCCACAGCUUCAACAACCACCUCGUCGGCUUCAUCAAUUGACCCCGGAGAGUGCAGCCUCGAGGAGGAGGGAAACGAGGGUAGGCAACGAAACGCCUAA